CAAGAGGGCUUUGACUUUCAUUUAUUUGCUAAAAAAUGUCUCUUCUGAGAACCUGGGAUUGUCUUAAUGUCGUUUACUUGUUUUUUGAUACGUUACAUUCAGAUGGAAAAAAGUUGUUUAGGGUGUGCCUAUUUCUGUAUGUAAAUGUGAACACGUGUAGACUGUAAGCCCCUAGUUUUUUGUUUUGUUUUGUUUUUUAAGUCGGAUUCCGCCUCUGUCGCCCAGGGUGGAGUGCAAGGAUGCUAUCUCGGCUCACUCACUGCCUCAAUCUCCCGAGUAGCUGGAAUUACAGGCAUGCAAAUGCAACACCACGCCCUGCUAAUUUUUUGUAUUUUUGGUAGGGACGGGGCUUCUCCAUGUUGGUCAGGCCGGUCUCCAACACUCGACCACAGGAGAUCCUCCCUCCUCUGCCUCCCAGAGUGCUGGGAUUACAGGCGUGAGGUACUGCCCGCGGCCACCUUUAGUUUUUUAUUUUUAUUUUCUUGUACUUUAUUUUUUUCCCAGUUGUUACCAGCCACAAGCAUUUCUGCUAAAGAAAGGCAGGCCUGGCACACUGGCUCACGCCUGUGAUGCAAGCACUUUGGAAGGCCGAGGCGGGCGGAUCAGCCGAGGUCAGGAGUUUGAGACCAGCUUGGCUAGUAUGGUGAAACCCUGUCUCAACUAAAAAUACAAAAAUAGCCGGCUGUGGUGGAGGUCCCCUGUAAUCCCAGCUACUCCGGAGGCUGAGGCAGGAGAAUCUCUUGAACCUGGAAGGUGGAGUUUUCAGUGAGCUAAGAUCCUUCCACUGCAUUCCAAUUUGGGAGACGAGAGUAAAACUCCGUCUCAAAAAAAAAAAAAAAAAAAAAAAGGCAGUAGUACUCAGCUAUUCUCUUCAUCUUUUUUUUUUUUUUUUUUGCCAAUCAGUUUGAGCUUUAUGAGGUUGUUCAGGUUAGCCUUGAACUGAUGACCUUGCCUUCGCGAGCGCCAUGACCUCCGGCGGGAGCCACUUUGGACCCCUAUUCUCUUCAUCUUAAGUUCCUAGGUCUGUACUUCCCGCACAGAGCUUCAGAACCGGGGCCUCCAGAAAGAAAGAGUGGAGUCUAUUACACUGAUGCUAGAAUUAUUUAUUAUUAUAAUCAGAAUAUUAUUCUCGUAUCAGUAUAGUACAAUAUCUAGUACCUAUAGAAUUUAUUAACAGCAUGUUGGACUAACUGCGGUUUUUCUUUUUUUCCCCAAAAAAUUUGAUCAUAAGGAAAACUUGAACAUCUAACACACCCAGUCUAGUAGGCUUAUUUAUUUGUUUGAGAUGGAGUCUCACUUUGUCACCCAGGCUGGAAUGCAGUGACGCAGUCUUGGCUCACUGCAACCUCUGCCUGCCGUGUUCAAGCAAUUCUCCUGCCCCAGCUUCCCAAAUAGCUGGGACUAUAGGUGCUUGCCACCACACCUGGCUGAUGUGUGUGUGUGUGUGUGUGUGUGUGUAUUUUUAGUAGCUACCAGGUUUCACCAUAUUGGCCAGGCUGGUCUGCAGCUUCUGACCUUGUAAUCCUCCUGCCUUGGCCUUCCAAAGUUCUGAAAUUACAGGAGUGAGCCACUGUGGCCAGCCUCAUUUCCUUUUUUUUUUUUUUUUUUUUUUUUUUUAGUAGCAUUGUGCUUUUCUUUCUCCUCAGGUAAAGUACAUCUUAUGGUGAACAAUAUGUAAAUUGAGCAUAAGCCUAGAACGGUUAUCAUUGUCUGUUAUAUGGACUUUUGGAGAGUCACACUUUGUCUCUUAGAAAGUCAUGCAAUCAGAUAUUUCUGAUUCGAUUCUCAUGAUGUGUUUCAGUAUUCCUUUAUUUCAUGCGAUUUCCUACAAACUUGUAAUUGGGUCCAGAGAAGCUGACAUCCUUUGUUUGAUAAGGGCUGUGGUCAGGAGUUUGAGACUAGCCUGGCCAAUAUGGUAAAACUUUGUCUCUAGAAAAAAUACAGAAAUGCUUUGGGAAUCAUAAAGUCUGAAAUUACUCAGUUAACCCUUAGUUACUUCAUGCUCCAUGAUUAGUUGUUCAUUCUCUGUCACGUGCUAGUGGCAAAUCACAGCCUGUUUCUCAAAAGAAAAACAGUUAAUCUGCACAAGAGGGCAUGGAUUGACUCUGGAAUACCAGAGGGCUGUACUCCACAUCUUCUGUUGGUGCCUGCCAGAGGCUUCCAAUAAAUAGCAUGAUAUUUAACAUGGACACGUUGAGUAUCAUUGGGUCUGCUGGAUCAGGUGGACCAAGUGCUUGGGAAUUCUGCACAGCAGCCUGAAAUUGCUCUGGUGUACAGUUGAAACUAGAAUCCCUACAGGCAAGUGUGUGGGCGUAAAAGCACAGGCAAAUGUAAGUGUUGCCUCCAAAAUUCAAGAGGCCUAUUGACGGUAUUUCUAUUGGUAGUUAUAUUUUUAGUUUUUUGAGAAACCUCCAUAGUGGGUUUUUUUGUUUGUUUGGUUUGGUUUUUUUGAGACGGAGUUUCGCUCUUGUUUCCCAGGCUGGAAUGCAAUUCGAUCUCGCCUCACUGCAACCUCCGCCUCCUGGGUUCAGGCAAUUCUCCUGCCUCAGCCUCCCGAGUAGCUGGGCCUACAGGCACGCACCACCAUGCCCAGCUAAUUUUUUUGUAUUUUUAGUAGAGACGGGGUUUCGCCAUGUCAACCAGGAUGGUCUUGAUCUGACCUCGUGAUCCACCCACCUCGGCCUCCCAAUGUUCUGGGAUUACAGACUUGAGCCACCGCGCCCGGCCUUAUAGUGGGGUUUUUUUCUUUCAUUUCUUGCAGGAUCACUCAGGCUGGAGAGCAGUGGCAUAAUCAAGGCCCAUUGCUCCUUAUUAGUGGUAUUAGUUGCAGUGACUUGGAAUGACAUCUUGGAGCGGGGGAUAUCUUUACAUGAUCCAGACAAGGGAAUAUAUUUACUCACAGACACGGCAGCCUCAGAACGUCCCACCUCUUAUUUUGCAAUCCAAAAAAAUUUUUUGAUUCAUAAUAGAUGUACAUAUUUUUAGAGUACAUGUGAUAAUUUGAUACAUUCAUAUAAUCAAAUCAGAGUGAGAUAUCCAUCACCUAAUGUUUAUCUUGUCUUAACAUCAAGUUAUUCUCUUAGCUGUUUUAAAAUGUACAGUAGAUGAGUGUUAACUGUAGUCAACCUACUGAUGUAUUGAACACCAGUUCUUAUUUCUUAUAACUGUGUAUUUUACCCAUCAAUCAACUUCUCUUUUUGUUUUUGUUUUUGUUUUUUUGGAGAUGGAGUCUCCUAGGCUGGAAUGCAACCUCUACCACCUGGGUUCAAGCAAGGACAUCCAGCUAAUUUUUGUAUUUUUCCUAGAGAAGGGGUUUCAUCAUUUUGGCCAGACUGGUCUUGAACUCCUGACCUCAAGUGAUCUGCAUGCCUCGACCUCCCAAGUGUUGGGAUUACGGGUGUGAGCCACUGUGCCUGACUGGACCUGUUCAAACGCAGUCUGUGUCUUGACUGGAGGACGAGGAGGAAAGUCGAGCACAUCGCCGAUAGGCGUUCUCCAAGAAUAGCCGGGCACGGUGGCUAAUGAGGUCAAGAGAUCGAGACCAUCCUGGUCAACAAGAAUGACAAGUUAAAAGCAAAGUGUCAGCACUUCAACAACCGUUUUUUUGGCUUAAUAAAACAUCAAACGGCAUACAAAUGGCUGAAAUCCACAAUGGAGGGGAACUCUGUGACUUUAUGGAAAAUGGAGAAAUCUUUAGUGAACACUCAUGCCUUAAUGCACACGUGGAAACUGAAAAUACAGGGGACACUUAUGACUGUGACGAGUAUGGAGAAAACUUUCCCAUGUUCCACAACAGUGCCCCUACUGGGGAGACACUUUCUGUGUUGAAUCAGUGUAGAAAAGCCUUCAGCCUGCCACCAAAUGUUCACCAGAGAACAUGGAUAGGAGACAAAUCCUUUGAAUACAGUGACUGUGAGGAAGCCUUUGUUGAUCAGUCUCAUCUUCAGCCAAAUAGGAUAACUCACAGUGGAGAAAAUCUCUAUGAGCAGAAUCAACGUGGGAGAGCUUUUACUUACUCCACAAGCCAUACUGUGUCUGUCCAAAUGCGUACUGUAGAAAAACCCUACGAAUGUAAGGAAUGUGGAAAAUUCUUUAGGUAUUCUUCAUAUCUUAAUAGUCACAUGCGAACCCAUACUGGGGAGAAACCCUAUGAAUGUAAAGAAUGUGGGAAAUGCUUCACUGUUUCUUCACACCUAGUUGAACAUGUAAGAAUUCAUACUGGAGAAAAACCCUAUCAAUGUAAGGAAUGUGGAAGAGCCUUUGCGGGGCGCUCAGGCCUUACUAAACAUGUACGAAUACACACUGGAGAGAAGCCCUAUGAAUGUAACGAAUGUGGGAAAGCCUACAAUAGGUUUUACCUACUAACUGAACAUUUUAAAACUCACACAGAGGAGAAGCCCUUUGAAUGUAAGGUAUGUGGAAAAUCCUUUAGAAGCUCUUCAUGCCUUAAGAAUCACUUUAGAAUUCACACUGGAAUAAAACCCUAUAAAUGUAAGGACUGUGGGAAAGCAUUCACUGUUUCCUCAAGCUUACAUAAUCAUGUAAAAAUCCAUACCGGAGAGAAGCCCUUUGAAUGUAAGGACUGUGGGAAAGCCUUUGCUACAUCUUCGCAACUCAUCGAACAUAUAAGAACUCACACUGGAGAGAAACCGUAUAUAUGUAAGGAAUGUGGGAAAACCUUUCGUGCUUCUUCACACCUACAGAAACACGUUCGAAUUCACACUGGAGAGAAACCCUAUAUAUGUAACGAAUGUGGGAAAGCCUACAAUAGAUUUUAUUUACUUACUAAACAUUUAAAAACACACUGAAGAAGAAAACUGAAUGUAAGGAAUGUGGAAAUCUUAGGAAUUUCUUAUAUCAUAAUUACCACAUUUGAAUUCACACUGUUGAGAAAUCUUAUUGGUGCAAAGAAUGUGCGGAGGCCUUCAGUUAUUCCCAUUCACUUUGAAGACAUGAAAAAAUUCACAUUCUCUGUGUCCCCCAUAAAUUUUAGAAAUGUUAGGGAACCAUUGGAUUUUUUUUUUUUUUUUUUUUUGAGACAGAGUUUUGCUCUUGUCACUGGUGUGCAAUGACAUGAGCUUGGUCCACUGCAGUCUCCGCCUUCUGGGUUCCAGCAAUUCUGCCUCGGCCUCCUGGGUAGCUAGGAUUACAGGCACCUGCCACCGUGCCCAGCUAAUUCUUGUAUUUGUAGUAGAAACGGGGUUUUGCCAUGUUGGCUAGGCUGAUCUCCCUCAGAUGAUCCACUGGGAUUACAGGUGUGAGCCACCAUGCCCAUCCUUUUUUUUUUUUUGAGACGGAGUUUCGCUCUUGUUAUUCACGCUGGAGUGCAAUGGUGCAAUCUCGGCUCACUGCAACCUCCACCUCCUGGAUUCAAGCAAUUCUCCUGCCUCAGUCUCCUGAGUAGCUAGGACUACAGGCACACUGCACCAUGCCCAGCUAAUUUUUGUAUUUUUUUAGUAGAGAUGGGGUUUCACCAUGUUGACCAGGAUGGUCUCGAUCUCUUGACCUCGUGAUCCACCCACCUUGGCCUUCCAAAGUGCUGGGAUUAUAGACGUGAGCCACCAUGCCUGACCUCCUUAGGUCUUUCUAAGUAUAUAAGAUGUUGCAAUGGAGAGAGAUCCUAUUCUUUUUUUUUUUUGUUUUUGAGACGGAGUUUCACUGUUGUUACCCAGGCUGGAGUGCAAUGGCACGAUCUCGGCUCACCGCAACCUCCGACUUCUGGGUUCAAGCAAUUCUCCUGCCUCAGCCUCCCGAGUAGCUGGGACUACAGGCGCGCACCGCCAUGCCCAGCUAAUUUUUGUAUUUUUAAGUAGAGAUGGGGUUUCACCUUGUUGACCAGGAUGGUCUUGAUCUCUUGACCUCAUGAUCCACCUGCCUCAGCCUCCCAAAGUGUUGGGAUUAUAGGUGUGAGCCCCCGCACCCAGCCAAGAGAUCCUAUUCAUACAAAAUGCAGGCAUGCCCAGAAGAUACUGCAGGCUUGGUUCCAGACCAUCGCAAUAGUACGAAUCAUACAAAUGUUUUGGUUUCCCAGUGCUUAUAAGUUAGGUUUACAUCAUACGGUAGUCUCUUGUGUAUAGUUGUGUUAUGUCUAAGUAAAGUACCUUAGUUUAAGAUACUUCAGUGCCAAAAACUAAUGAUCAUCUGAGACUUUGGUGAGUUGUAAUUUUUUUGCUUGUGGUGGGUCUUGCCUCAAUGUUGAUGGCUGUUGUCAGGGUGGCUGUGGCAGUUUCUUAUUUAAAGACAGCAGUGAAGUUUGCUGCAUUGAUUGACUCUUCACUUCAUGAAAAACUUGUUUGUGCCCUGUGAUGCUGUUUGAUAACAUUUUACACAUAGUGGUACUUCUUUUGGAAUGGACUAAUCCUCUCAAACUUUACUGCCAUCAGCUAAGUUUAUGUAAUAUUCUAAGUAUGUUGUAGUUUCAGCAACAUUUACAGCAUCUUCACCAGGAGUAGAUUUCAUUCAGGAAAACACUUUUCUUUACACAUCUAUGAAAGCAACCCCUCAUCUAGUCAAGUUUUUUCUUGAGAUUGAAACAAUUCUUUCGCAUCUUCGGGCCCCACUUUUAAUUCUAGUUCUUUUUUUUCCAUCAUAUCCAUAGUUACUUUUUCUACUGAGGACUUGAACCCCUGAGAGUCACCUGUGAAAGUUGGAAUUAACUUCUUCCAAACUCUGGUUAAUGUUGGUUUUCAUUUUUUUUAGAGACAUAGUGUCGUGUUGCUCAUGCUGGGGUACAAGUGGGUAUUCACCAGCACAAUGAGAGCACAUUGUAGCCUUGAACUCUUGGCCUCAAGUGAUCCUCCUGCCUAUGCCUCCUGAGUAGCUGAGAGUACAGGCAUACACCACCACACCUGCCUUAAUGUUGAUAUUUUGACCUUCCAUGAAUAACAAAUGUUAAUGGCAUCUAGAAUGGUGAAGCCUUUCUGCAAGGUCUGCAAUUUGAUUUGCCUAGAUCCAUCAGAAGAAGCACUAUUAGUGGCAGCUAUAGCCUUAUAAACUGUAUUUCUUACAUAAUAAGACUUGAAAUUCAGAAUUAUUCCUUAAUCCAUGGGGUGCAGUUAUCAGGCAUGAAAAUGUUAAUCUUGUUUAUAGUUCCAUAAGAGGUGUUGGUUACUAGGUGCAUUAUCAGUGAUAAUUUGAAAGGACUCUCUGAACAGUAUGUUUUACAGUGGGCUUAAAAUAUUCAGUAAACCAUGCUGUAAAUAGAUGUAAAUAGAUACCACAGGGAGAGUAGAUGUAGCAUGAUUCUUAUUGGCCCUUUGGUUUUUGGAAUAGUAAAUGAGCAGUAGCAUUCAUUUAAAGUCACCAACUGCAUUGGCUCCUAACAAGAAAGCCAGCCCAGCCAGGCUGGACACAGUGGCUUACACCUGUAAUUCCAAUGCUUUGGGAGGCUGAGACUGGAGGAUCACGUGAGGCCAAGAGUUGAAGGCCAGCCAGCACCACAGAGUGUGACCCUAUCUCUAUAAAGUAGAGUCUGUUCUUCGAAGCUUUGAAGUCAGAUAUUGACUUCCCUAGAGCUAUGAAAGUCCUAGAUGGCAUUUUCUGAAGUAAGACUGUUUUGUCUCUAUUAAAACUCAGUAUUAUUACUGCCUCUGCCUGUUAUCCAGAUCUUUGGGAAAUGCCUGCUACAGCUUCGACAUCAGCAAUUGCUGCUUCACUUUGUACUUUUAUGUUAUGGAAAUGGCUUGUUAAAUCUCAUGAACUGAUCUUUGCCAGCUUCCAGCAUUUCUUUCUUUUUUUUUCGGCGACGAAGUUUCACUCGUUACCCAGACUGGAAUGCAAUGGGACGAUCUCGCUCACUGCUACCUCUGCCUUUUGGGUUCAAGCAAUUCUCCUGCCUCAGCCUUCUGAGUAGUCGGGACUACAGGUGCGCACCACCAUGCCCAGCUAAUUUUUGUAUUUUUAGUGGAUACUGGGUUUCACCUUGUUGACCAGGAUGGUCUCAAUCUCGACCUUGUUAUCCACCCGCCUUGGCCUCCCAAAGUGCUGGGAUUAUAGGCGUGAGCCACCGCACCCGGCUGCUUCCAGCAUUUCUUCUGCAGCUAACUCACCUCUCAGCCUUCAUACAGUUAGUUAGGGCCUUGCUCUGGAUUAGGUUUUGUCUUAGGGAACGUUGUGGCUGGUCUGAUGUUCUACCCAGACACUAAAACCUUCUGUGUCAGUGGUGAGGCUGCAUUCCUUUCUUAUUUGUGUGUUCACUGGAAUAGCAGUUAAUUUCCUUCAAGAACUUUUCCUUUGCAUUCACAACUUGCUAACUGUCACAAGAGGCCUAGAUUUUGGCCUAUCCAUUUUUUUUUUUUAAGAGACAUGGUCUUGCUUUUACCCAGGCUGGAGUGUAGUGCAAUUAUAGCCCAUUGCAGCCUCAAACUGAUGGUUUUUUUUUUUUUUUUUUUUAGACGGAGUUUCGCUGUUGUUACCCAGACUGGAGUGCAAUGGCCCGAUCUCGGCUCACCACAACCUCUGCCUUCUGGGUUCAAGCAAUUCUCCUGCCUCAGCCUCCUGAGUAGCUGGGACUACAGGUGCGCAUCACCAUGUCCAGCUAAUUUUUGUAUUUUUAGUAGCGAUGGGGUUUCACCUUGUUGACCAGGAUGGUCUCGAUCUCUUGACCUCGUGAUCCACCUGCCUCGGCCUCCCAAAGUGCUGGGAUUGUAGGCGUGAGCCACCGCGCCCGGUCAAACUGAUGGGUUCAAGUGAUCUUCCUGUCUCCUGAGUAACUGAGACUGCAGGUAUGCACCACCUUGGCCAGCUAAUUAUUUUUUUAAAGAGACAGGACUUUACUGUUUCCAAGGCUGAUCUUGAACUUAUAACCUCAAGUGAUACCCCCGCCUAUGCCUCCCAACACGCUGGGAUUACAGGUGUGAGGUGCUGCACCUGGUGAGAAACGUGCAACUCCUCCUUACACUUGAACAUUUAGGGGCCAUUGUGGGGUAAUUAAUUGGCCUAAUUUCAAUAUUAUUGUGCCUCAGGGAAUUAGGAGGCCCAGGGAAAGGGCAAGAGAGGGGGCAGUAGCCAGUUGGUGGAGCAAUGAGAAUGUGGCAUUUUUUGGCUGUAUGCCAAGGUUGUAGUUUGUGGUACCCCAAAACAAUUAAAAUAGGAACAUCAAAGAUCACAGAGUGACCAGGAGCAGUGGCUUAUGCCUGUAAUCCCAGCAUUUUGGGAGGCCCAGGUGGGCAAAUCAUGAGGUCACGAGUUUGAGAACAGCCUGGCCAACAUAGUGAAACCCCAUCUCUACUAAAAAUAGAAAAAAUUAGCUGGGCAUUGCAGGCACCUGUAGCCUCAGCUACUUGGGAGGCUGAGGCAGGAGAAUCACUUGAACCCAGAAGGCGGAGGUUGCAGUGAACCGAAAUUGGACCACUGCUGUCCAGCCUGGGUGACAGAGUGAGACACUGUCUAAAAAACACACAGAGCACCACAAUAAAUAUAAUAAUAUUUGAAAUAUUGUCAAAAUUAUCAGGAUGUGAGAAACAAAAAGUGAGCACAUGCUGUUGGAAAAAGUGGUGCCACAGGACUUGGACUUGUAAAAAAAAAAUGUCUGCAAAGUGAAGUAGCCUAAGGUAUGUCAGAAGCUAUUGCUCUAUUGGUUGCCAAAUGGUGGUUUUCUUUUUUCUUCUUUUUGUUGGUCUGUGACAGGGUCUUGCUCUAUUGCCUAGGGUGGAGUGCAGUGGCACGAUCACGGCAUACUACAUCCUUGACCUGGGCUCAAGCGGUCCUCCCACCUCAGUCUCCUGGCUACCUGGGACCACAGGCACGUGCUAAUAUGCUUAAAUAAUUUUUUUAUUUGCAGAGCCGAGGUCUCACUAUUGUCUGUUGCCCAGACUGAUCUCAAACCCUUGGACUCAAGUAAUCCUCCCGCCUCAGCCUCCCAAAGUGCCGGGAUUACAGGUGUUAGCCACCGCACCUAGCCCAAAAAGUGAUUUUCUAAUUCCUUGGUUUCUUCUGCAUUUCUUAAUUGGAAUUUUGUAAGGAAGAGUUAUCCUUAAUCAUUCAUUUACCCAUUUACUUGUAGGAGCAUGUAUCAUAAAUUCUUAUUCUGUGGGGUAUAGUUAGCUACUGUAAAUUUGAUGCACAUAUUUUUCCAGGUUCAAUAAGUAGGGUCUCCAUCAAGCUAUCUUCUGAAUCUUUAAAAAUGUAUUCUCCUAAUUUCAUGGGUAUAUAAUUAUUUUCUGGGCAAGUUUGUUCCUGGUACAUUUGUCUCCAGUCCCCGAAUCAGAAAAAUCUAGUUUUCUUUUAACAGAGAAUACUAUUUAGAAGCUGCAGUUUCUGUGUGCGGGGGUGUUCCUAGGUAAUAGUGCCCUGGCUUUUAGGUCCUCUCUGUGGAAGAUGUGGGAAAUACAUACAUACUUAUAUGUGUAUAUAUAUAUAUAUAUGUAUCCACACACACUGAUACCUAUAUUUCUAUAUUAAAAACAUGACCACAUGCCAAUACUUAUAAUUCCACUGCAACACCUCUGGGUUAUUCCUUGCCUUCCAAAUUCCCUUGUCUAUAGCUAUCUCUUAUCACAUGCAAAAAGCAGCACUUGCCCAAUCCCAGAUUAAAAUAUAAUGUAGUCUCAGAAUUGAUAACUCAUACCAGUUUAAAAACUACUAACCAGAAUUCAGUCUUUAUUCACAGUUCGUAUCUGUAGCUCAGGGCUUAAUAUAAAAGCACUAAGUUUAAUCCGCUUGUAGGUUUAUGUCCAAAGGACUGAGGAAAGCAUCUCAGUAUGUGAAUGCACCUGUGCUCAUCGCAGCAGCAUUCAGAAGAGCCAAGAGGUGGAAGCAAAGUAAAUGUCCAUUGACGGAUGAAUUGGUAAACAAAAUGUGUUAUGUACGUCCAAUGCAAUAUCGUUUAGCCUUAAAAACAAAAUUCUGCCAUAUGCCACAACAUGGAUGUACCUUGACAUUAUGCUAAGUAAAAUAAACCAGUUGCAAAAGGUCAAAUACCACCUGAUUCCACUUAUAUAGGAUAUCUAACAAAACUCAGAAGCAAGAAAGAACUGCAGUAUUUGCCACAAGCUGGUGGAGGAGAAAAUGGAUUAAUGGGUGUUGAGUGUCAGCCAUGCAAGAUGGAAAAGCUUUUUGCGAUUUGUUGUCUAAAAAUAUGCAUAUAGUUAACAGUACUGUUCGGUACAGACAAAGUAUGUGAAAGAGUAAGUUUUAUGUGUUUUUAUCAUAAUAAAAAUUGUAAUAAAAGUUA